UUGCUCUUCAAAGCUCUCUCUCUCUCUCAUCUUCUCCUCAUUGCUUGACCAUACUGACCAUUUAUCUAUCAUCUCCCAUUCCCAAUCUACUAAUAUUUCAGGGAACUAAUGGCCACCAUUAAGCUUUCCACCUACUUAGUUUCACUUACCUUCACCUUCAUUCUUGCAUCAUUCUUUAUCCAAGGUCUUGCAACUCACGUAGUACUUCCUCAUCAACAGGGGGCUUCCCAUUCAUCUCCAUCACAGAAGGAAUUGCAUUUGCAGGCAAGAAGUGGUGCUAGUGAAGAAGCUGUGUGGAGGAAAAAGAAUUCAAGGAGAUUGAUGAUUGGAUCUACAGCUCCAAUCUGCACUUACAACGAAUGCAGAGGGUGCAAGUACAAGUGUAAAGCUGAACAGAUACCAGUAGAUGCCAAUGAUCCUAUCAACAGUGCUUAUCACUACAGAUGUGUAUGCCACAGGUAAU